AUGGCUUGUCGUUUUAUUGAAGCGGACGACGAAUUAAUUGAACUUUUGAAAUGCGAAAGUGAAAACAAAAACACAAAACGAAGCACAGGCUAUUGGAAAGGAAUUUUUGAAAACGAUUACAAUAACGGUGAACAUAACGACAAUGAUACUGUUAAUGAUAACGCUAACGAUAACGACAUCAAUACCGAUAGCGAUAACGAUACCGACAUCAAUACCGAUAGCGAUAACGAUAACGACAUUAAUACCGAUAGCGAUAACGAUAACGACAUUAAUACCGAUAGCGGUAACGAUAAUGAUGACGACACCAAUACCGAUAGCGAUAACGAAAGCAAUACCGUUAGCGAUAAUGAUGACAUCAAUACCGAUAGCGAUAACGGUAGCGACAGCAAUAACGAUAACGACAUCAAUACCGAUAGCGACAACGAUAACGACAUUAAUACCGAUAGCGAUAACGAUAACGACAUCAAUACCGAUAGCGAUAACGAUAACGACAUCAAUACCGAUAGCGAUGACGAUAACGACAUCAAUACCGAUAGCGAUGACGAUAACGACAUCAAUACCGAUAGCGACAACGAUAACGACAUCAAUACCGAUAGCGAUGACGAUAACGACAUCAAUACCGAUAGCGAUAACGAUAACGACAUCAAUACCGAUAGCGAUGACGAUAACGACAUCAAUACCGAUAGCGACAACGAUAACGACAUCAAUACCGAUAGCGAUGACGAUAACGACAUCAAUACCGAUAGCGAUGACGAUAACGACAUCAAUACCGAUAGCGACAACGAUAACGACAUCAAUACCGAUAGACAGAAACGAUAA